AUGGUAACGCUCUCUCUAAUGGUAACGCCCCUCUCUAAUGGUAACGCCCUCUCUAAUGGUAACGCCCUCUUUAAUGGUAACGGCCUCUCUAAUGGUAACGCCCUCUCUAAUGGUAACGCCCUCUCUAAUGGUAACGCCCUCUCUAAUGGUAACGCCCUCUCUAAUGGUAACGCCUCUCUAAUGGUACCCUCUCAAAUGGUUAACGCCCUCUCUAAUGGUAACGCCCUUUCUAAUGGUAACGCCCUCUCUAAUGGUAACGCCCUCUCUAAUGGUAACGCCCUCCCUAAUGGUAACGCCCUCUCUAAUGGUAACGGCCUUUCUAAUGGUAACGCCAUCUCUAAUGGUAACGCUUUCUCUAAUGGUGACGCCCUCUCUAAUGGUAACGCCAUCUCUAAAAGUAACGCCCUCUCUAAUAGUAACGCCCUUUCUCAUGGUAACGCCCUCUCUAAUGGUGACGCCUCUCUAAUGGUGACGCCCUCUCUAAUGCGCCCUCUCUCUAAUGGUAGCGCCCUCUCUAAUAGUAGCGCCCUCUCUAAUGGUAGCGCCAUCUCUAAUGGUAACGCCCUCUCUAAUGGUAACGCCCUCUCUAAUGGUAACGCCCUCUCUAAUGGUAACGCCCUCUCUAAUGAUAACGCCCUCUCUAAUGGUAACGCCCUCUCUAAUGGUAACGCCCUCUCUAAUGGUAACGCCCUCUCUAAUGGUAACGCCCUCUCUAAUGGUAACGCCCUCUCUAAUGGUAACGCCCUCCCUAAUGGUAACGCCCUCUCUAAUGGUAACGGCCUUUCUAAUGGUAACGCCAUCUCUAAUGGUAACGCUUUCUCUAAUGGUGACGCCCUCUUUAAUGGUAACGCCCUCUCUAAUGGUAACGCCCUCUCUAAUGGUAACGCAAUUUCUAAUGGUAACGCCCGCUCUAAUGGUAACGCCCUCUCUAAUGGUAACGCCCUCUCUAAUGGUAACGCCCUCUCUAAUGGUAACGCCCUCUUUAAUGGUAGCGCCCUCUCUAAUGGUAACGUCAUUUUUAAUGGUAACGCCCUCUCUAAUGGUAACGCCCUCUCUAAUGGUAACGCCCUCUCUAAUGGUAACGGCAUUUUUAAUGGUAACGCCCUCUCUAAUGGUAACGGCCUCUCUAAUGGUAACGGCCUCUCUAAUGGUAACGGCAUUUUUAAUGGUAAUGCCCUCUCUAAUGGUAACGCCCUCUCUAAUGGUAACGCCCUCUCUAAUGGUAAUGCCAUCUCUAAUGGUAACGGCCUCUUUAAUGGUAACGCCCUCUCUAAUGGUAACGCCCUUUUUAAUGGUAACGCCCUCUCUAAUGGUAACGCCCUCUCUAAUGGUAACGCCUCCCUAAUGGUGACGCCCUCUCUUAUGGUGACGCCCUCUCUAAUGGUAAUGCCCUCUCUAAUGGUGACGCCCUCUCUAAUGCGCCCUCUCUCUAAUGGUAGCGCCCUCUCUAAUAGUAGCGCCCUCUCUAAUGGUAGCGCCAUCUCUAAUGGUAACGCCCUCUCUAAUGGUAACGCCCUCUCUAAUGGUAACGCCCUCUCUAAUGGUAACGCCCUCUCUAAUGAUAACGCCCUCUCUAAUGGUAACGCCCUCUCUAAUGGUAACGCCCUCUCUAAUGGUAACGCCCUCUCUAAUGGUAACGCCCUCUCUAAUGGUAACGCCCUCUCUAAUGGUAACGCCCUCCCUAAUGGUAACGCCCUCUCUAAUGGUAACGGCCUUUCUAAUGGUAACGCCAUCUCUAAUGGUAACGCUUUCUCUAAUGGUGACGCCCUCUUUAAUGGUAACGCCCUCUCUAAUGGUAACGCCCUCUCUAAUGGUAACGCAAUUUCUAAUGGUAACGCCCGCUCUAAUGGUAACGCCCUCUCUAAUGGUAACGCCCUCUCUAAUGGUAACGCCCUCUCUAAUGGUAACGCCCUCUUUAAUGGUAACGCCCUCUCUAAUGGUAACGCCAUUUUUAAUGGUAACGCCCUCUCUAAUGGUAACGCCCUCUCUAAUGGUAACGCCCUCUCUAAUGGUAACGGCAUUUUUAAUGGUAACGCCCUCUCUAAUGGUAACGGCCUCUCUAAUGGUAACGGCCUCUCUAAUGGUAACGGCAUUUUUAAUGGUAAUGCCCUCUCUAAUGGUAACGCCCUCUCUAAUGGUAACGCCCUCUCUAAUGGUAAUGUCAUCUCUAAUGGUAACGGCCUCUUUAAUGGUAACGGUCUCUCUAAUGGUAACGGCCUCUCUAAUGGUAACGCCCUCUCUAAUUGUAACGCCCUCUCUAAUGGUAACGCCCUCUCUAAUGGUAAUGCAAUUUCUAAUGGUAACGCCCGCUCUAAUGGUAACGCCCUCUCUAAUGGUAACGCCCUCUCUAAUGGUAACGCCCUCUCUAAUGGUAACACCCUCUCUAAUGGUAACGCCCUCUUUAAUGGUAACGCCCUCUCUAAUGGUAACGCCCUUUUUAAUGGUAACGCCCUCUCUAAUGGUAACGCCCUCUCUAAUGGUAACGCCUCUCUAAUGGUGACGCCCUCUCUUAUGGUGACGCCCUCUCUAAUGGUAACGCCCUCUCUAAUGGUAAUGCCCCAGCGCCCUCUCUCUAAUGGUAGCGCGCUCUCUAAUAGUAGCGCCCUCUCUAAUGGUAGCGCCAUCUCUAAUGGUAACGCCCUCUCUAAUGGUAACGCCCUCUCUAAUAGUAACGCCCUCUCUAAUGGUAACGCCCUCCCUAAUGGUAACGCCCUCUCUAAUGGUAACGCCCUCUCUAAUGGUAACGCCCUCUCUAAUGGUAACGCCCUCUCUAAUGGUAACGCACUCCCUAAUGGUAACGCCCUCUCUAAUGGUAACGGCCUUUCUAAUGGUAACGCCUUCUCUAAUGGUAACGCUUUCUCUAAUGGUGACGCCCUCUUUAAUGGUAACGCCAUCUCUAAAAGUAACGCCCUCUCUAAUAGUAACGCCCUUUCUCAUGGUAACGCCCUCUCUAAUGGUGACGCCUCUCUAAUGGUGACGCCCUCUCUAAUGCGCCCUCUCUCUAAUGGUAGCGCCCUCUCUAAUAGUAGCGCCCUCUCUAAUGGUAGCGCCAUCUCUAAUGGUAACGCCCUCUCUAAUGGUAACGCCCUCUCUAAUGGUAACGCCCUCUCUAAUGGUAACGCCCUCUCUAAUGAUAACGCCCUCUCUAAUGGUAACGCCCUCUCUAAUGGUAACGCCCUCUCUAAUGGUAACGCCCUCUCUAAUGGUAACGCCCUCUCUAAUGGUAACGCCCUCUCUAAUGGUAACGCCCUCCCUAAUGGUAACGCCCUCUCUAAUGGUAACGGCCUUUCUAAUGGUAACGCCAUCUCUAAUGGUAACGCUUUCUCUAAUGGUGACGCCCUCUCUAAUGGUAACGCCCUCUCUAAUGGUAACGCCCUCUCUAAUGGUAACGCAAUUUCUAAUGGUAACGCCCGCUCUAAUGGUAACGCCCUCUCUAAUGGUAACGCCCUCUCUAAUGGUAACGCCCUCUCUAAUGGUAACGCCCUCUUUAAUGGUAACGCCCUCUCUAAUGGUAACGCCAUUUUUAAUGGUAACGCCCUCUCUAAUGGUAACGCCCUCUCUAAUGGUAACGCCCUCUCUAAUGGUAACGGCAUUUUUAAUGGUAACGCCCUCUCUAAUGGUAACGGCCUCUCUAAUGGUAACGGCCUCUCUAAUGGUAACGGCAUUUUUAAUGGUAAUGCCCUCUCUAAUGGUAACGCCCUCUCUAAUGGUAACGCCCUCUCUAAUGGUAAUGCCAUCUCUAAUGGUAACGGCCUCUUUAAUGGUAACGGUCUCUCUAAUGGUAACGGCCUCUCUAAUGGUAACGCCCUCUCUAAUUGUAACGCCCUCUCUAAUGGUAACGCCCUCUCUAAUGGUAAUGCAAUUUCUAAUGGUAACGCCCGCUCUAAUGGUAACGCCCUCUCUAAUGGUAACGCCCUCUCUAAUGGUAACGCCCUCUCUAAUGGUAACACCCUCUCUAAUGGUAACGCCCUCUUUAAUGGUAACGCCCUCUCUAAUGGUAACGCCCUUUUUAAUGGUAACGCCCUCUCUAAUGGUAACGCCCUCUCUAAUGGUAACGCCUCUCUAAUGGUGACGCCCUCUCUUAUGGUGACGCCCUCUCUAAUGGUAACGCCCUCUCUAAUGGUAAUGCCCCAGCGCCCUCUCUCUAAUGGUAGCGCGCUCUCUAAUAGUAGCGCCCUCUCUAAUGGUAGCGCCAUCUCUAAUGGUAACGCCCUCUCUAAUGGUAACGCCCUCUCUAAUAGUAACGCCCUCUCUAAUGGUAACGCCCUCCCUAAUGGUAACGCCCUCUCUAAUGGUAACGCCCUCUCUAAUGGUAACGCCCUCUCUAAUGGUAACACCCUCUCUAAUGGUAACGCACUCCCUAAUGGUAACGCCCUCUCUAAUGGUAACGGCCUUUCUAAUGGUAACGCCUUCUCUAAUGGUAACGCUUUCUCUAAUGGUGACGCCCUCUUUAAUGGUAACGCCAUCUCUAAAAGUAACGCCCUCUCUAAUAGUAACGCCCUUUCUCAUGGUAACGCCCUCUCUAAUGGUGACGCCUCUCUAAUGGUGACGCCCUCUCUAAUGCGCCCUCUCUCUAAUGGUAAUGCCCUCUCUAAUAGUAGCGCCCUCUCUAAUGGUAGCGCCAUCUCUAAUGGUAACGCCCUCUCUAAUGGUAACGCCCUCUCUAAUGGUAACGCCCUCUCUAAUGGUAACGCCCUCUCUAAUGAUAACGCCCUCUCUAAUGGUAACGCCCUCUCUAAUGGUAACGCCCUCUCUAAUGGUAACGCCCUCUCUAAUGGUAACGCCCUCUCUAAUGGUAACGCCCUCUCUAAUGGUAACGCCCUCCCUAAUGGUAACGCCCUCUCUAAUGGUAACGGCAUUUCUAAUGGUAACGCCAUCUCUAAUGGUAACGCUUUCUCUAAUGGUGACGCCCUCUUUAAUGGUAACGCCCUCUCUAAUGGUAACGCCCUCUCUAAUGGUAACGCAAUUUCUAAUGGUAACGCCCUCUCUAAUGGUAACGCCCUCUCUAAUGGUAACGCAAUUUCUAAUGGUAACGCCCGCUCUAAUGGUAACGCCCUCUCUAAUGGUAACGCCCUCUCUAGUGGUAACGCCCUCUCUAAUGGUAACGCCCUCUCUAAUGGUAACGCCAUUUUUUAUGGUAACGCCCUCUCUAAUGGUAACGGCCUCUCUAAUGGUAACGCCCUCUCUAAUUGUAACGCCCUCUCUAAUGGUAACGCCCUCUCUAAUGGUAACGCAAUUUCUAAUGGUAACGCCCGCUCUAAUGGUAACGCCCUCUCUAAUGGUAACGCCCUCUCUAAUGGUAACGCCCUCUCUAAUGGUAACGCCCUCUUUAAUGGUAACGCCCUCUCUAAUGGUAACGCCCUUUUAAUGCGCCCUCUCUCUAAUGGUAGCGCCCUCUCUAAUAGUAGCGCCCUCUCUAAUGGUAGCGCCAUCUCUAAUGGUAACGCCCCCUCUAAUGGUAACGCCCUCUCUAAUGGUAACGCCCUCUCUAAUGGUAACGCCCUCCCUAAUGGUAACGCCCUCUCUAAUGGUAACGCCCUCUCUAAUGGUAACGCCCUCUCUAAUGGUAACGCCCUCUCUAAUGGUAACGCCCUCCCUAAUGGUAACGCCCUCUCUAAUGGUAACGGCCUUUCUAAUGGUAACGCCAUCUCUAAUGGUAACGCUUUCUCUAAUGGUGACGCCCUCUUUAAUCGUAACGCCAUCUCUAAAAGUAACGCCCUCUCUAAUAGUAACGCCCUUUCUCAUGGUAACGCCCUCUCUAAUGGUGACGCCUCUCUAAUGGUGACGCCCUCUCUAAUGCGCCCUCUCUCUAAUGGUAGCGCCCUCUCUAAUAGUAGCGCCCUCUCUAAUGGUAGCGCCAUCUCUAAUGGUAACGCCCUCUCUAAUGGUAACGCCCUCCAUAAUAGUAACGCCCUCUCUAAUGGUAACGCCCUCCCUAAUGGUAACGCCCUCUCUAAUGGUAACGCCCUCUCUAAUGGUAACGCCCUCUCUAAUGGUAACGCCCGCUCUAAUGGUAACGCCCUCUCUAAUGGUAACGCAAUUUCUAAUGGUAACGCCCUCUCUAAUGGUAACGCCCUCUCUAAUGGUAACGGCAUUUUUAAUGGUAACGCCCUCUCUAAUGGUAACGGCAUUUUUAAUGGUAACGCCCUCUCUAAUGGUAACGGCCUCUCUAAUGGUAACGACCUCUCUAAUGAUAACGGCCUCUCUAAUGGUAAUGCCCUCUCUAAUGGUAACGCCCUCUCUAAUGGUAACGCCCUCUCUAAUGGUAAUGCCAUCUCUAAUGGUAACGGCCUCUCUAAUGGUAACGGUCUCUCUAAUGGUAACGGCCUCUCUAAUGGUAACGCCCUCUCUAAUUGUAACGCCCUCUCUAAUGGUAACGCCCUCUCUAAUGGUAACGCAAUUUCUAAUGGUAACGCCCGCUCUAACGGUAACGCCCUCUCUAAUAAUAACGCCCUCUCUAAUGGUAACGCCCUCUCUAAUGGUAACGCCCUCUCUAAUGGUAACGCCCUCUUUAAUGGUAACGCCCUCUCUAAUGGUAACGCCUCUCUAAUGGUGACGCCCUCUCUUAUGGUGACGCCCUCUCUAAUGGUAAUGCCCUCUCUAAUGGUGACGCCCUCUCUAAUGCGCCCUCUCUCUAAUGGUAGCGCCCUCUCUAAUAGUAGCGCCCUCUCUAAUGGUAGCGCCAUCUCUAAUGGUAACGCCCUCUCUAAUGGUAACGCCCUCUCUAAUGGUAACGCCCUCUCUAAUGGUAACGCCCUCUCUAAUGGUAACGCCAUCUCUAAUGGUAACGCCCUCUCUAAUGGUAACGCCCUCUCUAAUGGUAACGCCCUCUCUAAUGGUAACGCCCUCUCUAAUGAUAACGCCCUCUCUAAUGGUAACGCCCUCUCUAAUGGUAACGCCCUCUCUAAUGGUAACGCCAUCUCUAAUGGUAACGCUUUCUCUAAUGGUGACGCCCUCUUUAAUGGUAACGCCCUCUCUAAUGGUAACGCCCUCUCUAAUGGUAACGCAAUUUCUAAUGGUAACGCCCGCUCUAAUGGUAACGCCCUCUCUAAUGGUAACGCCCUCUCUAGUGGUAACGCCCUCUCUAAUGGUAACGCCCUCUCUAAUGGUAACGCCCUCUUUAAUGGUAACGCCCUCUCUAAUGGUAACGCCAUUUUUAAUGGUAACGCCCUCUCUAAUGGUAACGGCCUCUCUAAUGGUAACGCCUUCUCUAAUUGUAACGCCCUCUCUAAUGGUAACGCCCUCUCUAAUGGUAACGCAAUUUCUAAUGGUAACGCCCGCUCUAAUGGUAACGCCCUCUCUAAUGGUAACGCCCUCUCUAAUUGUAACGCCCUCUCUAAUGGUAACGCCCUCUCUAAUGGUAACGCCCUCUUUAAUGGUAACGCCCUCUCUAAUGGUAACGCCCUUUUAAUGCGCCCUCUCUCUAAUGGUAGCGCCCUCUCUAAUAGUAGCGCCCUCUCUAAUGGUAGCGCCAUCUCUAAUGGUAACGCCCUCUCUAAUGGUAACGCCCUCUCUAAUGGUAACGCCCUCUCUAAUGGUAACGCCCUCUCUAAUGAUAACGCCCUCUCUAAUGGUAACGCCCUCUCUAAUGGUAACGCCCUCUCUAAUGGUAACGCCCUCUCUAAUGGUAACGCCCUCUCUAAUGGUAACGCCCUCUCUAAUGGUAACGCCCUCCCUAAUGGUAACGCCCUCUCUAAUGGUAACGGCCUUUCUAAUGGUAACGCCAUCUCUAAUGGUAACGCUUUCUCUAAUGGUGACGCCCUCUUUAAUGGUAACGCCCUCUCUAAUGGUAACGCCCUCUCUAAUGGUAACGCAAUUUCUAAUGGUAACGCCCGCUCUAAUGGUAACGCCCUCUCUAAUGGUAACGCCCUCUCUAAUGGUAACGCCCUCUCUAAUGGUAACGCCCUCUCUAAUGGUAACGCCCUCUCUAAUGGUAACGCCCUCUUUAAUGGUAGCGCCCUCUCUAAUGGUAACGCCAUUUUUAAUGGUAACGCCCUCUCUAAUGGUAACGCCCUCUCUAAUGGUAACGCCCUCUCUAAUGGUAACGGCAUUUUUAAUGGUAACGCCCUCUCUAAUGGUAACGGCCUCUCUAAUGGUAACGGCCUCUCUAAUGGUAACGGCAUUUUUAAUGGUAAUGCCCUCUCUAAUGGUAACGCCCUCUCUAAUGGUAACGCCCUCUCUAAUGGUAAUGCCAUCUCUAAUGGUAACGGCCUCUUUAAUGGUAACGCCCUCUCUAAUGGUAACGCCCUUUUUAAUGGUAACGCCCUCUCUAAUGGUAACGCCCUCUCUAAUGGUAACGCCUCCCUAAUGGUGACGCCCUCUCUUAUGGUGACGCCCUCUCUAAUGCGCCCUCUCUCUAAUGGUAGCGCCCUCUCUAAUAGUAGCGCCCUCUCUAAUGGUAGCGCCAUCUCUAAUGGUAACGCCCUCUCUAAUGGUAACGCCCUCUCUAAUGGUAACGCCCUCUCUAAUGAUAACGCCCUCUCUAAUGGUAACGCCCUCUCUAAUGGUAACGCCCUCUCUAAUGGUAACGCCCUCUCUAAUGGUAACGCCCUCUCUAAUGGUAACGCCCUCUCUAAUGGUAACGCCCUCCCUAAUGGUAACGCCCUCUCUAAUGGUAACGGCCUUUCUAAUGGUAACGCCAUCUCUAAUGGUAACGCUUUCUCUAAUGGUGACGCCCUCUUUAAUGGUAACGCCCUCUCUAAUGGUAACGCCCUCUCUAAUGGUAACGCAAUUUCUAAUGGUAACGCCCGCUCUAAUGGUAACGCCCUCUCUAAUGGUAACGCCCUCUCUAAUGGUAACGCCCUCUCUAAUGGUAACGCCCUCUUUAAUGGUAACGCCCUCUCUAAUGGUAACGCCAUUUUUAAUGGUAACGCCCUCUCUAAUGGUAACGCCCUCUCUAAUGGUAACGCCCUCUCUAAUGGUAACGGCAUUUUUAAUGGUAACGCCCUCUCUAAUGGUAACGGCCUCUCUAAUGGUAACGGCCUCUCUAAUGGUAACGGCAUUUUUAAUGGUAAUGCCCUCUCUAAUGGUAACGCCCUCUCUAAUGGUAACGCCCUCUCUAAUGGUAAUGCCAUCUCUAAUGGUAACGGCCUCUUUAAUGGUAACGGUCUCUCUAAUGGUAACGGCCUCUCUAAUGGUAACGCCCUCUCUAAUUGUAACGCCCUCUCUAAUGGUAACGCCCUCUCUAAUGGUAAUGCAAUUUCUAAUGGUAACGCCCGCUCUAAUGGUAACGCCCUCUCUAAUGGUAACGCCCUCUCUAAUGGUAACGCCCUCUCUAAUGGUAACACCCUCUCUAAUGGUAACGCCCUCUUUAAUGGUAACGCCCUCUCUAAUGGUAACGCCCUUUUUAAUGGUAACGCCCUCUCUAAUGGUAACGCCCUCUCUAAUGGUAACGCCUCUCUAAUGGUGACGCCCUCUCUUAUGGUGACGCCCUCUCUAAUGGUAACGCCCUCUCUAAUGGUAAUGCCCCAGCGCCCUCUCUCUAAUGGUAGCGCGCUCUCUAAUAGUAGCGCCCUCUCUAAUGGUAGCGCCAUCUCUAAUGGAAACGCCCUCUCUAAUGGUAACGCCCUCUCUAAUAGUAACGCCCUCUCUAAUGGUAACGCCCUCCCUAAUGGUAACGCCCUCUCUAAUGGUAACGCCCUCUCUAAUGGUAACGCCCUCUCUAAUGGUAACGCCCUCUCUAUUUGUAACGCCCUCUCUAAUGGUAACGCCCUCUCCAAUGGUAACGCCCUUUCUCAUGGUAACGCGCUCUCUAAUAGUAACGCUCUCUCUAAUGGUAACGCCCUCUCUAAUGGUAACGCCCUCUCUAAUGGUAAUGCCAUCUCUAAUGGUAACGGCCUCUCUAAUGGUAACGGUCUCUCUAAUGGUAACGACCUCUCUAAUGGUAACGCCCUCUCUAUUUGUAACGCCCUCUCUAAUGGUAACGCCCUCUCUAAUGGUAACGCAAUUUCUAAUGGUAACGCCCGCUCUAAUGGUAACGCCCUCUCUAAUGGUAACGCCCUCUUUAAUGGUAACGCCCUCUCUAAUGGUAACGCCCUCUCUAAUGGUAACGCCCUCUUUAAUGGUAACGCCCUCUCUAAUGGUAACGCCCUUUUUAAUGGUAACGCCCUCUCUAAUGGUAACGCCCUCUCUAAUGGUAACGCCCUCUCUAAUGGUAACGCCCUCUCAAAUGGUAACGCCCUCUCUAAUGGUAACGCCCUUUCUAAUGGUAACGCCCUCUCUAAUGGUAACGCCCUCUCUAAUGGUAACGCCCUCCCUAAUGGUAACGCCCUCUCUAAUGGUAACGGCCUUUCUAAUGUAACGCCCUCUCUAAUAGUAACGCCCUUUCUCAUGGUAACGCCCUCUCUAAUGGUGACGCCUCUCUAA